UGUGUGUGUGUGUGCAGAACAGGGUUUCGGGGAGAACAGGGUGGGGGGAAGAGUAGAAGAGAGAAAGUGGAUUGUAACAUUUGUUUAUCUGAGACUGCCAUGUUUUAGGAGAGUUGGUAGAAAAUGAUCCAGAUACCUUUGUUCAGUAACUGAAAGCUCAACUCAGAGCUACAAUAAGUGAUUCUCUAUUUUCAUUAUAACCUCACAAACAAUUAAGAAAAGUAAAGAUUACAUUCAAUGACCACUGAAGGAGUGCCAAAUGGACUGUACUCAGCAACAAGUGUUAAAGAAAGCCCAAUGUCAUUAUCUAUCCAGCUUUGGUAAGAGUGAUGUGUGCAGCUCACAGAGCAGGAAGAGCAGAACUCAUCCUUUCAUUUUCAACACUUUACUCUCUUCUGCUUUCUUUCUAGAGGGCUGCUUCCUAAGAGUUCCAUAUGUGCAGGUUCUGCCUGAAGGACUCAAAGACCAAACACUGAUCACCAUCUACGGAGAGCCUAAACCAAAUGCUGAAAAAUUCGCCAUAGACAUCUGUAAAGGUGAUGAUGUAGCCUUCCAUUUCAACCCUCGUUUCAAUGAGGAUGGGAAGCAGAUUAAGAUUUUGUGCACAUCCUCUGGAUACGGAGUGGAAGUCGACAACAAGCAUUUGCUGAAUUAUCCACAUCGCAUCAAGGAGCUUGACCAGACAACACACAUCCAGGUUCAUCAAGACGCUGUCCUCAAGCAUGUUCACAUUGGUAUGUAACUGUACAGAACACGUU